AACGCAACUUCCAACAAAUCGGCGUGGAUCAUGCAAUUAAUCCACACCGAGUAUGAACGGCCGUGCUUUGAUGGCUGCCCUCGACAAGCAGUUAUCUUGGCCAUAGGAUUCCCACAACUUGGGUAGCCUCGGCACGGCCGUCAUGAUGUGGGAGGGAGAACGACAUGAUAUCACUCGAGCUUCUCGACAAUCUUGGGGUCGGGGGUUGUUGAUAGUUCCACAAACUUCAACACCGAACAUAUCGCCCCAACCCAAGAACCUCGAAUUCGCAUUGGCGGCCUUGUCGUUGGGCUUCCAUGUCCAGCUGCCGUGCGAAGCCCGCGACAAGGCAGUCGUUCUCCCUCCUUACCUGCAACACUCGCGCACAUUUGAUCUCCGCACUGAAUACCAGAGAUGGCAGGCACACCGCAUUUGCCGAAUCUUCACAUCACGGGCAUUUGCCCGUACCAAGCGUUCCGAUCAAGGUUCCGAGCCUUCAUCGGGCUGGGUGGGACCCUGCUCGAUGCAAAGUCGUGCGAAGAGGUAUGCCUAUUGACAACCAUGCCAAGCUCCACCGCUAACACCACAGCAGCUGCAUCGUGAGUCUGUCCUAGGAGGAGGCCUGCCACCGCAGGAUACGCUGCUUCGCGCAACUACACAUCCAACACUGGUCAGUCUUUCGGUGUCCAGAAGCCCUCUUCGUACAACGGCAGCUCUCCGUAUACCUCUGGCGUGGGCUACGCCAAUGCCUACAGUAACGCCUCAUACAUCUCGUGUCAUCGACUUAAACAGCGCC